AUGGCAGCAGUCGUAGCUUCCAAAGCCAAAGUGAUUGAUAAAGCCUUGCAAGAUCGCCAAGAUGGCGGAUUUGACGAUGUGAUUGUGUGGCCUUCUUCGACGAGCCAUCAUAGCCACAACAGCGUCAGCGACAAAGAGGCAAAGCAGAACGAAGAAGAACUCUUGUUGGAUUACGGCUACGCCGAACCCUCUCCUCGUGGGAAUGUUCCUCGCCGUAGUUCACUCAGCAGCACGAACGAUCCCGAGCGCCGUGCCAUGCGCCGCGCAUCGAUUGGAUACACGGGCGAAAUGACGCUGGUCCUGCCCAACCAUCAAGUCGUCCAGAAACGUCGUUCCAUUACCUUUUCCGACGACGACACGGUCCAUUCCAUUGACUCUUGCUACGACUCGGACGAAGAUGACGAAAUCCUCAACAACAAACGCCAACUCUGGUUCCGCGCCGAAGAAUACCGUCAUAUCGAACGCAACAUUCGCAAUCAACUGGCGGCGGCGGCGGACGAAGAGCGUCCCACGUGGGUGGAAUAUCGCGGCUUGGAAAGCAUGAUGGACGACAAUUGCAGUGUCGCCGAACGGAACAAUGCCAUCCAAAGCGUUCUCGAAGAUCAACAACGUCAAAAGCAAUCGGGAAUUUUCGAUGAACAUGCCAUUGCCACCGAGUAUCAGUACAAUAGUAUGGAUGCACAACUCGUUGCCAAUGAACGGGCCAAAGGAGAUGAAAAGGAUAUUGAAGGGUACAUGGAAAAAACUAAACAGGUGCAGCGCAAGUUUCAGCAAGCCAGGCGCAUGUCGUGUUAG